CAGGGCAGGUUUACCUGAAGAUGUCUAAACGGAGGAGACAGUCAACAGAGGACGGACAGCAGCACAAAAGGCUGCGGUCUUCCUUGUCCGAGGAAGACGAGGAGUUACCUUCAACUUCACAACCUGAUGCUCACCCGAUGCAAAUCUCGGUGACGGGAGAGGUGGGCAUCAUCGAGAGCAUCACUCUGAAGAAUUUCAUGUGCCAUGCUCAUCUCGGCCCAGUCACUUUCGGGCCCAAUGUCAACUUUGUGGUCGGGAACAACGGAAGUGGCAAGAGUGCCGUGCUCACAGCGUUGAUUGUGGCGUUGGGAGGGACCGCUCAGGCCACCAGCAGGGGGUCCUCCCUCAGAUGUUUUGUCAAGGAGGGAGAAAGUUCGGCGGACGUUUCCAUUACGCUAAGAAACAGGGGCGGCGACGCCUUUAAUCCGGAUGUUUACGGUCAGUCGAUCAUCGUGGAUCUGCGCAUCUCCAGAGAAGGCGUCAGGACGUAUAAACUGCGCAGCCAAACUGGUCAGGUGGUUUCCUCCAGGAAGGAUGAACUGCUCCUAAUUUUGGAUCGUUUUAACAUCCAGGUGGACAACCCUGUAUCCAUUCUCACUCAGGAGAUGAGUAAGCACUUCCUGCACUCUAAAGGGGAGGGAGAUAAAUACAAGUUCUUCAUGAAGGCCACCCAGUUGGAGCAGAUGAACGAGGACUACGACUACGUCAUCAAGACCCAGGCGCUCACCCAGAACACCGUCCGCCAGCACGAGGAGACUUUGGAUGACCUGAAGAGGACGUUCAAGGAGAAGGAGGAGAAGUACAAGGGCCUGGCCUCGCUGGACGAGAUGAACAAGAAGCUAGAGGAGCUCCAGAAGCAGAUGGCCUGGGCACUGGUAAAUGAGUUGGAGAGGGAGAUAAAGCCAUUGGGUGACCGCUUAGAGGCUGAAGAGAAAUCAACACCAAAAUUUAACCGGAAGGUCGACGAGUGGAAGGCCAAGGUCGCGGAGGCGGAGAGAAAGUUCCGGCAGCAGCAGGGGCAGCUGGAGCAGGUGACGGAGCGUCUGCAGCAGCUGCAGCCUCAGGGAGCCCAGCUACGCGGGGACGCACAGGAGCGCAGCCGAGCCGUCAGAACUGCAGAGGCCGACUACCACAAACUGAAGAGCCACCAUCGUGACCUGCUGAAAGACCAAGAGCAGCUCACCAAGCGCAUAAACGAGCUGAAACUCAGCAUCAGCCAGGCGUCGGUGGCGGAUCGGCAGGCGCGUGAGGUGCGGCUGGCGGGGCUGCAGCUGGAGCUGGAGGAUCUGGCGCAGCGCGACCCCGCCCUCAACCAGCGGCUGGAGCAGAUCCAGCAGGCCAUCACCGCCGCCACGGAGACCCUGCACAACCACAGGCGUGAGGAGCAGAUGCUGCAGCGCUGCUGCAGCUCCAAGGAGCAGGGCCUGCUUCAGCUGGAGGCCAGCCGCACCAAUCAGAUCCGGCGCUUCGGGGAGAACAUGCCCGCCCUGCUCAGCGCCAUCGACGAGGCCUACGGCAAGGGAAUGUUCCAGAAGAAACCCAUCGGACCACUGGGUUACUGUAUCCGUCUCAAGGACCCGUCUCUGGCUCUGGCCGUUGAGACCUGCCUGAAGAGCUUGAUGACCGCCUUCUGUUGUGACAACCACGGAGACGAGCGCCAGCUGCAGGCGAUCACAAAGAGAUACCUCAGGGACAGGAGACCCACCAUCAUAGUCAGCCACUUCAGCGAUGUGUGCUACGACAUCACCCGGAGGGCUGUCAAUCACCCACUCUACCCCAGUGUGCUACAGUCCCUGGAGAUCGAUGAUCCCAAUGUGGCCAACUGUUUGAUCGACAUGAGGGGAAUUGAGACCAUACUGCUCAUUAAGAGGGAGAGCGACGCCAGAAGGGUGAUGCAGGGUGGCCGGCCUCCCCAAAACUGCAGGGAGGCCUUCACGGAGAGCGGCGACCAAGUCUUCACCAACCGCAGCUUCUCUGUGGAAAAGCACGUCAGGGCCCUUUACCUCAGCGGAGACGUGGAUGAGGAGAUCAGACAUUUGCGGGCGGCCCUUGAGAACCAGCGAGAGGAUUUGUCACGCCUCCGUCAGAACAAGCAGACGCUCGACUCUGAGAUCCGCCAGAACAACGCCCUGUUCAAGGCCGCCUAUGACGAGCGCACCAAAGUCAAGGACCAGUCCAGGAAGUUGCAGUUGGAGAUCAGCGAACUGCAAAAUGUGGAGGAACCCCAGUCUGAAGACCUGCUCCCACUGGAGGAGGAGCUGGAGGAGAUCCGUGCGAAGCUGACCGCGUCUGGACAGAAGUGUGCGGAGGCCGAGAAGAGGCUGACCGAGGUGCGGAGCGUGGCGUCGGAGGCGGAGCAGAACUACCAGCGCCACCGGGAGCUCAUGAGUAGCGCGGCCGAGGAGGCCGAGCCAAUCAGGGAGGAGCUAAACAAGUGUGAUCAGGAGGUGGAGAAGUGUAAGCACCACAGGAAACACUACGAGGAGAAGCGCAAAGCCCACGUCAGCAACAUCCAGGCUCUCAAAACCAACCUGCAACAGAAGGAACAGGAGCUCCAGGAGUCCGUAGCGAAGGCCUCAGAGUUUUGUCCAGAGCGUGUGGAGGUGAGGCGGACAGCGAGGAGUCUGGACGUGGAGUUGACCCGCCUGCGCACCGUCAUCAGCACCCAGCAGCAGCAGCAGGGGGACCACGAGCUCAUCGUCAGGGAAUACCAGGAAGCCUCACAGAAGUACAACACUGCUGUCAGGGAAGUGCGAAGCCUGAAGCAGUUUGGCGAGAUGAUCGCCGCCAUUGGCCAGCAGAGGCAGAGAACCUUCACCAGGCUCAGGGGGUUCUACUCACUGCGCUGCAAGUACUACUUUGACAUGACCCUGGCACAGAGAGGAUAUGCUGGCCAUAUGAACUUUGACCACAAGAAUAAAACACUCUCCAUAGCUGUGCAGCCUGGAGGCCAGAACAAGGCGUCUCUGAGCGACAUGCGAUCUCUCUCGGGAGGGGAGCGCUCUUUCUCCACCGUCUGCUUUGUCCUCUCUCUCUGGUCCAUCACCGAGUCACCCUUCCGAGCGCUCGACGAGUUUGACGUCUACAUGGACAUGGUGAACAGGAGGAUCUCCAUGGACAUGUUCCUGAAGGUCGCGUCUAGUCAGCGCUACAGACAGUUCAUUUUCCUCACGCCCCAGAGCAUGAGUUCCCUGCCGGUCAGCAACCUGAUCCGCAUCCUGCGCCUGAACGAUCCCGUCCGAAACCAGACCGUCCUGCCCUUUGGCCAGCACAGCCAACCAGACGACUGAGGACCUGAGGAAAGACGACCUCACUGAAGAGAACCUGACGGCGAGCCUUAUUCUUCCUGGAGGUGUUCCCCCUCCGAUAAGUCCUUUUAGUUUGUUUGUUCAUUCAAUAUUUUACAUGUUUUAUUUAAGGACUGACCAUUAUUCUUGUAUUGUUUCGUUCCCUCAUCGUCUUAACUAAA